CACUCUACGGCAGCAGCGUAAUUGCGAGGUGCGCGCCUGUGGCCUCAGUUCUCACGUGGCGCCUGCUGAGGUAUCUUGCUGUUGUAGCUUUUCCGUCUGCUGUCGUUUGCACAGCCAGUAUGAAGAGACCAAAGUUAAAGAAAGCAAGUAAACGCAUGACCUGCCACAAGCGGUAUAAAAUCCAAAAAAAGGUUCGAGAGCAUCAUCGAAAAUUGAGAAAGGAGGCUAAAAAACGGGGUCACAAGAAGCCUAGGAAAGACCCAGGAGUUCCAAACAGUGCGCCCUUUAAGGAGGCACUUCUCCGUGAAGCUGAGCUAAGGAAACAGCGGCUUGAAGAACUGAAACAGCAGCAGAAACUUGACAGGCAAAAAGAACAAGAAAAGAAAAGAAAACUUGAAAAUAAUCCUGAUGUUAAGCCAUCUAAUGUGGAACCCGUGAAUGAGGAAUCUGGACAUUGCAAAACUAAGAACAAAGCUAAUUUGGGUAAACAGAAUUCAAAGAAGUUGUAUUGUCAAGAACUUAAAAAGGUGAUUGAAGCCUCAGAUGUUGUGUUAGAGGUAUUGGAUGCCAGAGAUCCUCUUGGUUGCAGGUGUCCUCAGGUAGAAGAGGCCAUUGUUCAGAGUGGACAGAAAAAGCUGGUACUUGUAUUAAAUAAAUCAGAUCUGGUACCAAAGGAAAAUUUGGAGAGCUGGCUAAAUUAUUUGAAGAAAGAAUUGCCAACAGUGGUGUUCAGAGCCUCAACACAUCUGAGGGACAAAGGGAAGAUAACCAAGGUAAAGAAGAAAGCUGCUCCAUUCCAAAGUAAAGUCUGCUUUGGGAAAGAGGUCCUUUGGAAACUUCUUGGAGGUUUUCAAGAAACUUACGGCAAAGCCAUUCAGGUUGGAGUAAUUGGCUUCCCAAAUGUGGGGAAAAGCAGCAUCAUCAAUAGUUUAAAACAAGAACGGAUAUGUAAUGUCGGCAUAUCCAUGGGACUUACAAGGAGCAUGCAAGUUGUUCCAUUGGACAAGCAUAUCACAAUCAUAGACAGCCCGUGCUUCAUUGUAUCGCCACUUAACUCCUCCACUGCACUCGCUCUGCGAAGCCCAGCAAGUAUUGAAGUGAUAAAACCAAUGGAGGCUGCCAGUGCUAUCCUGUCCCAGGCUGACACUCGACAGGUAGUACUGAAAUAUACUGUCCCUGACUUUAAGAAUCCUCUGGAAUUUUUUGCUAAGUUUGCUCAAAGAAGAGGUCUGCACCAGAAAGGUGGAAGCCCAAAUAUUGAAUGUGCUGCCAAACUACUGUGGUCUGAAUGGACAGGUGCCUCAUUAGGUUACUAUUGCCAUGCCCCUACAUCCUGGACACCUUCUCCUCAUUUUAAUGAGAGUAUUGUGGCAGACAUGAAAUGUGGUUUAAAUCUGGAAGAACUGGAAACAAACAAUGCACAUACCAUAAAAGCUAUCAGGGGCCCUCCUUUGGCCAAAAGUAUCCUUUUCCAGUCUUUGGGUAUGACAAAUGCAAUAAUAAAAGAAAAGGACAUAUGCGAAGAAUUGCCAAAACAGAAAGAGAGGAAGCAGGAGGAGAGAGAGAAUGAUGAAGACAUUGACAGUGACCAGGAAAUUGUUGAUCAAGAAUUGUUUAAAGCUGAAGAAAAGACCUCAGAUACAUCCCCUGCAGAAGAGACAUGGGAAGAACUGCCUGAGGAGUCUAUAGCAGGUGAACAGUCUCCAAGAUCUUUUAUCUUUGAUAAAGUGAUUCAAGAGGAUGAAGCUUAUGACUUCAGUACAGAUUACGUGUAAAAGUGUCCUUUUAUGAGAGGUUAUAACAUUGUAAUUAGAUGGCUAAACAUGUGUAUAAUGUGCAUUUGGUAUGGUGUGACAUAAGCUAUGUAAAUUUUGUGUUAUAUUCAUUAAAUUAGGAAUAUCGAUUCACCUCUGGGUGGAAAUAGUUAUCUGGAACAAAAAAAAUUGCAAACCUAUUUAAAAAAUGUAGUUUUAUUUACAGAUGGCCGUAGGUAACAAAACCAAAUAGCAGUUUUGAAGUAGCCGUACCAACUUGGCUGAACUACCUUUAUCAAUUCAGUCCAUUCUUUUGGUCAUUCAGCACUGUAGUAAGAAAACACUUGGUAAGGCAAAUGGAGACAUUUAUAGUCUAUCUGGAAGCCAGACAGGGCAAUUUGUCAUCUUCACCCAGCUGAAACAUCUUUUUCCAUGGGUUGUUAACAGAUAAGCAUUGAAGGUUAA